AUGCUUCAUGGCCUUGAGCGGACAGAUGUUCGUUCGAGGAUUCUUGCGAACAUUAAGAAACAUUAUGAAGCUCCCCAGAUUGUAAACAUCUUGAGUCACGGAAACAACCCUGUAAUAUCGCCAGUCAGCUUUCCUUUCAUUCUGCCAUGGUCAAGGGCUGUCAUCUCUCCUCCGACCUUAACGAGGUUCUGGUAUCGACGAGCUUAUCAUGUUUUCAACGUCUUUAAGGGGGCAGUACGAAUAAAAGCGUUAUUUUUCGUUGAUUUCGACCCUUUUACUUACAUAUCUGGCCAAGAUUCCAUUCAAUCCAAAAAUAACUCAAUUAAGUUACAGUCCUUAAUUCAAUAAUUAUUUAUCAACUUUUCAACGAUUUUCGGAUGUUUUUAAUGUAUAAAAUUUAGGGCGGGAGUAGCCUGCGUAGCUGGCGGCAUUGUUUCGGUGCGCCAUUUAGGUUUUGGCGGCGGAGCCGUGAUCCAAAGAAAAAUGUGGGGACGAGGCGUUUGAAUUUCUCGCGGCUUACGCCGCUCUUGGGGGCUUCGCCGCCAGAUCUGAACACUCGACUACUUCACGAUACCGCCAGCUACGCAGGCUAGGAAGGAAGAUGUUUAAAAUUUUGGGAAAAUGAGAAAAUAAAUUAUUGGAUUUGGGGGUUGUUAAAAAUUAAAAUAUGAAGUGAAUAAUUUGUAGACAAUUACCAGAUAGUCCACCACCACAACAAGGUGCCCCUGAUCCCAUCAGCGGACUAACUACACUGGUUUAUGUGUAUACCUUUUCAAACCUAAUUUAUUUUCUUCCCAAAUCAACAUCAUUUCCCCAAAAAACUAACUGUAAUGCCCCCUUAACUUCGCUAUUCUUGAAAUUGGAAAUCAAGGUUCUUCUUUCCUACACCACGUUUGGUUGUUUAAUUUAUUUUAUUUUUCAGAAGAAGGCAAGGACACCACGGGGCAAAUAUAUCAACUCCGAAUCUGGAAUCACACUCACCCCGGUAAAGAAAGCAGAUAACAGUUAA